GUUGGUUGGUUGGUCGGUCUGUCUGUUAAGGUCCCGGAUAUUCUUAGUCAAUUGCGGAGGGAGAGGCUGGAGGAAGAUGGGUGUAGAUAUUCAGCCAGACUGCCUUGGACUUUAUUGUGGACGAAUUGUGGAAAUCAUAAAUGGGACCGAAUAUUAUGGUGAAUGUGGGGUGUGUCCGAGAGGGCAAAGAACGGAUGCCCACAAAAUAUGUCGUCAAUGUACAGGAUCUCCAGAACGCUACGACUGGCUCUAUCUUGGCUUUAUGGCAAUGCUUCCACUCAUCUUGCACUGGUUCUUCAUUGAAUGGUAUUCAGGGAAAAAAAGUUCCAGUGCACUGUUCCAGCACAUCACCGCCUUAAUCGAAUGCAGUGUGGCAGCUAUUCUUACUCUGCUUGUGAGUGAUCCCAUGGGCUCUCUGCACAUCCGUUCGUGCAAGGUGGCAAUGCUCUCUGACUGGUACACCAUGCUUUACAAUCCAAGUCCUGAUUACGUUACCACCAUUCACUGUACUCACGAAGCAGUCUAUCCUCUCUACACCAUUGUAUUUAUAUACUAUGCCUUCUGCUUGGUGUUGAUGAUGCUGCUCCGGCCCCUUCUGGUCAAGAAGAUUGCUUGUGGGCUCGGGAAGUCAGAUCGAUUUAAGAGCAUUUACGCUGCUCUUUACUUUUUUCCUAUCUUAACCGUGCUUCAAGCUGUUGGAGGCGGCUUGUUGUACUAUGCUUUCCCUUACAUCAUCAUAGUCUUAUCUCUUCUCACCCUGGUUGUAUAUCUGUCAGCUUCGGAAGUAGAAACUUUCAAAGAUCUGCUCGUCAGGAAGAAAAGGCUUAUUGUUCUGUUUAGUCACUGGCUGCUGCAUGCCUACGGAAUAAUCUCUAUUUGUAAGCUGAACAACGUUUACCAGGAUUUACCUCUGCUGGCUCUAGUCCCCGCACCUGCCCUCUUUUACUUGCUGACGGCUAAGUACACCGAACCGUCCCGGAUACUCUCAGAGGGAGGGAAUGGACGUUAGCCAUGGCACAGCAGUCGCUCUGCAAGCAGCAGGUACACCCAUGUGUAGAAUGCUUUACAUCUGCCCUCCUGUUGUGACAGGAAGUUGUUUCUUUAAGGACUAUGUUUAUGUUCUUCUCCUUCCCCUUAAAUCUUCGCUUCGACACUGGCUACGAGGCAGAUUCUGGCCCACGGAAUAGUAAUGGACACCUGCUACAUGAAAUGGCCUAGGACUGUUUUAUCAGCUGUGGGAGCCCAAAGGCACCAUCGACUUUACGGUGAAGGAUUAAGGCCUGCUCUUUGGGUGUAUGCCCAUCUGUUCGUGAUGAAUGAACAUGAAACAUUUUGUACAGCGUUCUCAAACGUAACGGAAUUUAUUUAUUUUAAAUUGCAGUAUUUUAUCACAUGUGUAAGGAUGUGUAGUAGAAUAAAGCUCAAGUAUUCUAACUUC